GAGAGAGUGACCAUGGUGCAUUGCUUCGCUUUGUUACGUCAGUAACUCGGAGAGAGAUGUCGGCGUGUAGGUGGCAGUGGUAGUGUGUGUGGUUAUUGAUUUAAUUUUGUUAUUUUGCCUCACUAAAUUCCCUACUUAAAUACUUAAUAAACAUAAAAAUGGCAAACCCAUGUGCUACGGCGAAGGAAUUCAUCGUUGGUGGAAAAUAUCGGUUAGUGCGAAAAAUCGGUAGUGGUUCGUUUGGUGACAUUUAUCUGGGCAUCAACAUUACAAAUGGCGAGGAAGUGGCCGUAAAAUUGGAAAACGUCAGGGCCAGACAUCCUCAGUUGCUGUACGAAAGCAAAUUAUACAAGGUCCUGAACGGUGGCGUCGGAAUACCACAUAUACGAUGGUAUGGUCAAGAACGCGAUUACAAUGUUCUUGUUAUGGAUUUACUGGGACCUUCUCUAGAAGAUCUCUUCAAUUUUUGUUCGCGCCGUUUCACAAUCAAGACGGUUUUGAUGUUAGCUGACCAGAUGAUAGCACGUGUGGAAUUUGUGCAUUGUAAGAGCUUCAUACAUCGAGACAUCAAACCAGACAAUUUCCUCAUGGGUAUUGGCAGGCAUUGUAAUAAGCUUUUCUUGAUAGAUUUUGGAUUAGCAAAAAAGUUCCGUGAUAAUCGAACACGCCAGCACAUAAUAUAUCGUGAAGACAAAAACCUAACAGGCACUGCACGUUAUGCCAGCAUUAACGCUCAUUUAGGAAUUGAACAAAGUCGUAGGGAUGAUAUGGAAUCUCUGGGGUACGUGCUCAUGUACUUCAACCGUGGCAGUUUACCCUGGCAAGGUCUUAAGGCUGCAACAAAAAAACAGAAAUAUGAGAAGAUAAGUGAAAAGAAGAUGUCAACACCUGUUGAGGUUCUGUGUAAAGGUUUCCCAGCUGAAUUUGCCAUGUACCUCAACUACUGCCGUGGACUGAGAUUUGAGGAAAGCCCGGAUUACAUGUAUCUGCGGCAACUUUUCCGUAUCUUGUUUCGCACAUUGAACCACCAGUAUGACUACACGUUUGACUGGACAAUGCUUAAGCAGAAGUCUGUACCACCAUCAGGUGCCGGUCCAUUGGCUGCAGGUGGAACCACAGCAGGCGUAGCCACGCCAGGUGGUCGCUAACAACAACAAAAGGUAUUGGCAGAGGAAUGAUUUUUCAAGAAGCAGGCUUCAAGCUAGUGCCACCUAAAUGCAUCAUUCUUGGUCCAUAUUGUUGGAUGAGGGCAUUUGUUUGUGUCACAGAGAAAGUCCUGAGAAGUGAUUUUGGAACAGAAGUAAAAGCUUACAGGGAAAAGAAGUAGACAGAUGUGAAGUUGACUGGUAGAUGUGUGAAUGUGUGUACAGUUUCUUUCUGUCCUGGGCCGUUUUUAAAAGUGUAUGGAAAGGGAACGGUACGGAGAUAUAUGAUAAUCGCUAAAGCUUAUGUGUAAAUUUUAGUUAGGUAGGUCAGAAAAUUGAAAGGAUUUUACACGAUGCUGAAUACAUCAGUUCCUCAUCAAACAGAAAACAAAGAAACAAAAAAAAAAAUAUACAAGCAGUGAAUAUGAAACAAAAAGAACACACUUAUCUGUGUUAGUUGUGAUAACUUCCACUGCCUUAUGGCAUUAGGGAUCAAAUUUUAUCUGAAUGCAAGUAUUGAAAUGGCUGCUGUGUGAUUGUUGCAGUAGUCAGUAGAUUAGUAUUUAUAUGUGCUUUAUAUGUAUGGCAAUAUCUUUUUUUAUACCAGAGAUUUUUGUUCAUCAUGUUGUAAUUCCACUAUUCAACUGACAAAAACUUUCAUAUUGAAAAAAUAUCAGAAUUGCGUUGGAUUGACAGGCUUCUUAAGAUUUUGUUCAUAGUUAAUUUUCCUAAGAAAUGCAUAUUUCCAUCUAACAAACUUUUUGAGGGCAAACUGCUCAGAAUAGUUUAUGCAUUCAGUGCAUAAUAUUUGUUAUUAACUUUUUCUGAAGUCAAUUGAGAUAGUAUGUUUUCAUAGAAAUGGAUGUCAACCAUUCGUCUCCUUGGAGAGAAAUAUUUGUCAGAUCCACACCGAGGAACCAAUAUCGAAAUCUAAUAUGGUAUAAAAUACUUAAAAAUAGCUUAUGUGAAGUAUGUUAGUACUAUAGCAAGUUGUCAAUGUGUAAGACUUUUAGUAGAAUGUUUUUUAACACUGGAACAUAAUUUUUUACUUGUUUUGUCAGUUUUGUACUGAUAAUUUCCUUAUUGGUUCAAUCUGUUCUGCUUUGCAUAAACUUACAUUUACUUAGUAAGAAGUGGCAAUUACAUUAAUAGUUUGUAGUUGUAUGUCAUAUUUUAAAUUCUGUUAAGGCUCAGUAAUAUGAUUUUGUUUAUAUUUCGUAGCGUUUUACAUCAUCGAACGUUAUUCAUUCGAAAGUAGUCCUUAAGUGUAGAACUGGAUAACAGGAGUUCUGGUUGUGCACACUGUGUGUGUGUGUGUGUGUGUGUGUGUGUGUGUGUGUGUGUGUUUUAUAGAGAGAGAGAGAGAAAGAGAGAGAGAGAGAGAGAGAGAGAGAGAGAGAGAGAGGAGGGAAGGGAAGGAUAGGAGGGGGGCCAGGGAUGGAGGUGUAAUGGUACAUGUAUGUGCCAUUGUGUCAGUUGUGCAGGUAAAAAAAAAAAAAGAUUGUGACACGACUUGAAUUAUCCUCUAGGAAAAGACAGAUCCAAGGCCACUUAUCAAUAGAUGAAGCUGUGAG